AUGUUUAAGAGUGUUGAUCCAGUUAGGGAGCAUGGAGUUUGGAAAGAAGGAGAACCUGCUCACUCUCUUUAUUGCAAAUUUUGCAACCAUCAUAUUACAGCGGGAGUAACAAGAUUGAAGCAUCACUUGGCAGGAACUCAUAAAGGAGUUAGAAAAUGUGAUAAGGUUCCAGAGUUGGUUAAAAAACAAUGUGUAGAGGCUUUGAAAGAAAUGGAAACAGGAAAGGCAAAAAAAGCCGCCUUGGUUCGCUCCAUUGGGAGAAUGGAAGAUUCACAUUCACAUGUGGAAGACGCUGAAAGUCAAGAGUUGGAGAGUGGACAAGGAAGUAAUGCCCAACAGAGUAGGUCAUUUGGACCUUUAGACACUUUCGUAAAUGUGCAAGGGCGCCAAACCACAAUGGAGAACAGAUACAAAAUAGAACAAAGAGAUGAGGUGGUACAAAAGAUCGGGAGAUGCAUUUUUGCUAAUGGCCUCUCUUUCAAUCUCUUGAGCAGUCCAUAUUGGAGAGAGAUGGUAGAUGUGAUCGGGAAGUUCGGUCCCGGGCUUAAGCAACCCUCUCCUUAUGAGAUAAGGACACGAGUGCUAAAAAAAGAGGUGGAGGGAAUUGAUUCCAUUAAGGCAAAGCACAAGGCGGCAUGGGAAAAAUACGGAUGCACCAUUAUGUCUGAUGGGUGGUCAGACAAGAAGAGUAGAAGUUUAAUCAAUUUCCUUGUUAACUCGCCGGAGGGGACUUUCUUCUAUAAGUCCAUUGAUGCCUCAACUCAUAUUAAGAAUGGGGAGUAUCUUUUUCAAUGUAUUGAUAAAAUUGUGGAGGAGAUUGGCGAGCAACAUGUCUUACAAGUUAUCACUGAUAAUCAUGCUUCUUAUGUGCUUGCCGGGACAAAGCUUAUGGAGGUAAGGAAGUCUCUUUAUUGGACACCUUGUGCAGCUCAUUGCAUUGACCUCAUGUUAGAGGACAUAGGUAAGAUGAAGAUACACCGAUAGACUCUUGAGGCGGCAAAAGGAGUUAUUCAGUUUAUCUACAAUCAUUGUUGGGUAUUGAGUCUAAUGAGGAAGUACACAGGUGG